AUGUUGACAAGACUGAUAAAACAAGCAAGCAAACAGCUGCUCAGAUUGCAAAGUGCGUCAUCAUCACAGCUCACAGCAAAGAGAUUCAACUCCUCACAUCAUGACGACCGCCACCACCACCACGAGCCAAAAGAAGAGAAGCCAUUUGAAAUAACAAUCACCAAGAUCUUUGGUAUUGCCGCAUUAUUGGGCGGAGUGAUAAUGUACAGAGGUAAAGACUCCACGGAAGAGCCACUUUUCAAAUCGGGUCUAUUCGAGCAGGAAACUAAUGGGCAACGUGCCCAUUUACGAGACGUCAAUUUCGAACAAAGGUAUAAAUUGGGCUUUAUCAAGACUUAUAUCAAUGACAAUGGUGGCAAGUUUGGCAAUCAAAUUUACAGAAGAACCAAAGGCGAAGAUAUCUUGAAUAACAACUUGGUCCCUGCUCACUCACCUUAUGGUCAUCAGAUUGGCGCUGGGAUCAAAUUGAAUGAAAUUGGUCCUAGAAGGGAGAGAAUUCCACGUUUUGCUCCUCUUGGGGAGACUAAGUAG